UACAGAUAAAACUGGAACAUUAACAUUAAAUAAACUUUCUAUUGAUAAAUCUAAUAUAAAGAAAUAUUCCGAUGUAGAAAUUGAUGAUAUUAUUCAUUAUGCAGCUAUUGCAUCACAAAUGGAAAAUCAAGAUGCUAUUGAUGCAUGUAUAAUUGAAGCAUGUGAUGAUAUUAAGAAAAUACGAGAAGAUAUCAAGGAAUUAGAAUUCAAAUCAUUUGAUUCAAUUGAUAAACGAACUGAAAUUACUUAUAGAAUGAUAAAUGAUGGUAGUUUACAUCGUAUAAGUUUACGAGCAUUACCUAAUGCUAUUGAAGAUAUAUCAAGUGGACAUUUUGGAGAUGAAGGAAAUGGUUUUAAAUUAAUUGGUCUCUUACCUAUUUAUGAUUCACUAUGUUUAGAUACAAAAGAAGCAAUUGAACAAGUUCUUAAAUUAGGUGUAACAACUAAAAUAAUUACAACUGAUGGACCGUCAUUAGAAUCAGCUUAUCGAGAUAUUGAUGAUAUAAUUUUACAUGCAGAUGGUUUUGCUGGUGUUUAUCCUGAACAUAAAUCUAAAAUUAUUGAAAGAUUACAAAACUUAGAAUAUGGAGUUGCAAUGAUUGGUGAUGGUGUUAACGAUGCACCUGCAUUAUCAAAAGCUAAUGUUGGUAUUGCUGUUAUUAAUACAUCAUAUGCAGCACGUUCAGCUGCUGAUAUAGUUUUAGUAGAACCUAGUUUAUCAGUUAUUAGUGAAGUUGGCGCUUUUAUUCUUGCACAACUUAUAGCAACAUUUAUUGCUGUUUAUGUCAAUUGGAAUUUUACAAAUAUUGCAGGUUGUGGAUGGAGUUGGGCAGGAAUUGUUUGGGUAUGGAAUAUUAUUUGGUUUUUUCCACUUGAUUUUCUUAAAUUUGGUCUUCGUGCUUAUUUUGAACCUUUAAGUGAAAAACGAGCUAUGACAGAAACCUUACUGAAUAACUUCUCGACAAAUCUACAAGAAACACAUCGUUCCACCAUGUCUAGUGGUGAUGAUGCAGCAGCAAGAAUUGUAAUUGAUUCUAAUAUUCACCAUGCUCCAAAAUGA